AUGGCAACUGCCAGAGAGACCAAGAUUGAGACUAUUUUGAAAGAAAACUUCCCGAGCGCUAGGCUUGUGUCUGUUUCUGAUGUGAGUGGUGGUUGUGGAGCUAUGUUCGAAAUAGUUAUUGAAGCAGGAGAGUUUGCAUCCUUGUCCGUUUUGCAACAGCAUCGAGCUGUUAAAAAGGUGUGUAACUGUGCGAAAAUGUUUAUUGCUUUUAGGCCUUGA